CUUCCGUACAUGUGGUUUUCCUAUUGUGUGAUUUUCCUCUCUUUCUAGUUUCUUGACACAUUAUUCUUUUGUUUUUUCUGCAGUGGCAUUCCAACCUUUAUACUCGUUUCGGGGGAUUGGAGACCGCAGAACAAUGGACGUCUGGCACACAUUGGUUGAUCAUUCGGCGAAGCGGUUGUGUCUGAGACCUGUUGGCACCCUCACUACCAUCAGCAAUCCGAGUCGACCGACCACCAGGUCGAUACCCUCGAUAUCAUUACAGACCACCGCCGCCUCUUUCUCGAUAACCAGCCGCCGCUAUCUUCAACCACAAGAUGUGCAGAGCACGAGGCUCGUCCCGGGUGACAAGAACUUCGUCCCACUUGGAGAUCAAGGCACAGGAAAGACAGCAGAGGAACCUCUCGAAAACUCCGUCGAGGGUCGCAAAAUGCGUCACUACACCGUCAACUUCGGGCCCCAGCACCCAGCCGCCCACGGAGUCCUACGUUUACUUCUCGAGCUCAACGGCGAGGAGAUUGUGCGAGCUGACCCUCAUGUUGGCCUGUUGCAUCGCGGAACCGAGAAGCUGAUCGAAUACAAAACCUACCUGCAGGCCGUACCCUACUUCGACCGCCUCGAUUAUAUUUCCAUGAUGACCAACGAGCAGUGCUUUGCCCUUGCCGUCGAGAAGCUGCUUAAUAUCGAGAUCCCCGAACGUGCUAAGUGGAUUCGGACUUUGUUUGCAGAGAUUACUCGGAUUCUCAACCACCUCAUGGCGGUUCUAACUCACGCUAUGGAUGUCGGCGCCUUGACGCCUUUCUUGUGGGGAUUCGAGGAGCGAGAGAAGCUAAUGGAAUUCUACGAACGAGUCUCUGGUGCACGCUUGCACGCUGCAUAUAUCCGCCCUGGUGGUGUCCAUCAAGAUAUUCCUGCUGGUCUUCUCGACGAUAUAUACCAAUGGGCGACACAAUUUAGUGACCGCAUCGACGAGACGGAAGAGCUGCUGACGGACAAUCGUAUAUGGAUCAGCCGUCUCCGUGGUGUUGGAGUCGUGUCUGCUGCCGACGCCCUCAAUUUAUCCUUCACUGGCGUUAUGCUCCGUGGGUCUGGUGUACCGUGGGAUAUCCGCAAGUCUUCACCUUACGACGCAUACGAUCAGGUCGAGUUCGACGUCCCCGUAGGCGUUAACGGCGACUGCUACGACCGCUAUCUAUGCCGUAUGGAAGAAUUCCGCCAGUCCCUACGCAUAAUUCACCAGUGCCUCAACAAGAUGCCCGGAGGACCUAUCCGUGUUGAAGACUACAAGAUCUCCCCACCACCGCGCGCAGCCAUGAAGGCGAAUAUGGAGGCUUUGAUUCAUCACUUCCUGCUUUACAGUAAAGGCUAUGCCGUGCCUCCAGGUGAGACGUACACUGCAAUUGAGGCGCCAAAGGGCGAAAUGGGGGUUUAUGUGGUUAGUGAUGGCAGCGAGAGACCGUACCGUGUGCAUAUCCGUGCGCCUGGUUUUGCUCACUUGAGUGGUUUUGAUGCUUUGAGUAGAGGUCACUUGUUGGCUGAUGCGGUGGCCAUUAUUGGGACGAUGGAUUUGGUGUUUGGUGAUGUUGACAGAUAGAAAGUGCCGAAAUUCGAUGUCAAUCUUACC